AUGAACGGAAGCCACCCACUGCCAGGGCAGUUUGGAGAGUCCGAGUACUUCCAAGAACAGACCCUGUUGGCCAGGGCACUUUACGACAACCAUCCCGAUUGCUCCGACGAGCUGGCUUUCUCCAGAGGGGACAUCCUGACGAUUGUGGAACAAAAUGUGCCGGAAAGUGAGGGCUGGUGGAAGUGUCUGCUCCACGGGAGGCAAGGCCUUGCUCCAGCCAACCGCCUCCAAGUCCUCAAGGAGACCCCUGCAGACAGAUCCUGUCCCCUGCUCCUGAGAGGCCUGGACACAGAUCUUACUAGCUCAGAGGCUCUGUAUCAGGUGCCCAGCUUGUUCUGCCCACCACCACCAGGGCCUGUGUAUGAGCCGAUGAAGAGCUGGGUGGAGGGGCCGCUGCCGCCACCGCCACCGCUGCCAGCUACUGCCCAAGUCUAUGAAUUUCCUGACUCACCGUCCAGUGCAAGGAUCGUCUGUGAAAAGACUCUGAGCUUCCCCAAACAGACCCUCUUCGUGCUUCCCAGGCCUACGAGGGCCUCAUUGCCAACUCUGCCUUCCCAGGUGUAUGACGUUCCUGUCCAGAGCCGGGUCUCCUUGACCCUUAAGAAUCCAGACAAACAGGCAUCCUACGACAUACCCACCAGCUCCAAGAAGGCAGCGCUCCACUCCUCCACCAGCCAGGGACAGAGUGCUGUGCUGACCCCGACAACUGCCUUCAGACAAGGUGGUGGCUACAACACGUUAGCCAGCCCUCCGAAAUCAGAAUGGAUGACUGGCACUCCAGUGUUGCUGGCAAAGGCUGACAUCGGAAGUGUAUCUCUGAGCAGCUUCCCCAGAGAAGCAGGGUCCGCUGCCGUUCCAGGCUCCACCUGGGCCGCGCACACCGGAGCUGUGACCCUCUCCCCACAGCUGGGGAGCACAGAGCAAAAGCAAAGCAGCCUUCCAGAAGAGCCUUCCUAUGCUGUCCCGGCACCCAGGGACUCACUUCCUUAUGAUGCAGGCAGCAGCUACAGGGUCCCUUCCAGGUUUCUCGUGCCCAGAGUGGAGCAGCAGAACACCAAACCCAACAUUUAUGACUCCCCUAAAGCCAUGCAGGGUGUGUCUCAGGCUGGGAAGGAGCUGGAGAAAAUCGAAGAGCUUCCAGAGAAUGUCCCCUGGAUCUCCAGACAGCUAAAUUCUCUGUCUCCUGACUCAGACCAGUUAUCUGUUGCCAGCUCCGACAGCAGAGCUAGCAUGGUGUCUUCAUGCUCCUCCAUAUCCAUGGACUCCUCCCCCGGCUCCUCCUCUGAGGACUCGACAAGGGAGCUGUGGAUGGACAUGGACUUUGCCAAAGAGACAGUGAUGGCCUUGCAGCACAAAGUAGCCAGCUCUGCGGCAGGCCUGCUACUCUUCGUAAGCAGGACUUGGAGGUUCAGAGACUCCUUGGAGACCAACAUCCACACGAUCCGCAGGGCUGCUGACCACAUUGAAGAAUCCUUAAGAGAGUUUCUGGAUUUUGCCCAAGGGGUUGGUGGGACUGCCGGCAGCCUCACAGACAGCCAGCUUCAGGCUAGGAUUAGAGAUCAGAUCCAAAUAAUCUCCCGUUCCUAUCAGACUCUGCUGGAUGCCAAGGGGAGCCUGGACUGCUGCAAUUGGUCCCUUGACGUUCUCGUGACUGAUAAAGUCCAAAACAGCCUCGAUGACCUGGAGAGGUUUGUCAUGGUGGCACGGAUGGUUCCAGAAGAUGUCAAGAGAUUUACCUCCAUUGUCAUUGCCAAUGGGAGGCUCCUUUUUAAACAGAACUGUGAGAAAGGAGAGACAGAGCUGAAGUGUGAAAAAUGCAUCCAGUCUCCCCAGCGGGAAUCUGAGCCAUACCAAAGGAGCAGUCCCUUCAAUAAACAACUGGCGAAUGAACACUGCCUUGAGCUAGUAAAGAAAAACAGAGUAAAUGUCUGUGGACAGCCGCCUAACUUAAAAGAGAAAGGAGAGCCCAUCUUGGAACGAAGGUCAGGUGAAAACAAAGAUUGCCAUGCCAUGAGUCCGCCAAGCUCUCUUAGCUCUCCACCUCCCAGUCGGCAGGACACAGAGAGAAAGAUCCACCUGUCCGAGCACAGCAGGCUCUAUUUUGGAGCACUCUUCAAAGCCAUCGGUGUCUUUACCAGCAGCCUCAGCAACAGCCAGCCCCCCGAGGUCUUUAUCACUCAGAGCAAGCUGGUCAUCACAGUCGGGCAGAAGCUGGUGGACACGCUGUGCAAGGAGACCCAGGAGAAGGAUGAACGCAAUGAGAUCCUGCGUGGCAGCAGUCACCUGUGUGGACUGCUCAAGGACCUGGCGCUGGCCACCAAGAAUGCAGUGAUCAAGUACCCAAGCCCCAGCGCCCUGGCCUGCCUCCAGACAGAAGUGGAAAAGCUAGAACAUCACGCUCGGAAAUUCAGAGACACACUGGAAUGAAGCCUUUCCU